GCCUUCGCCCUUCGGCUCGUUCGCCUCUUCUCUCUCCCCCCUUCUUCUUCCUCGUAUCUAAAAAAAGGACCCUCCUCUUCUUCCUCAGCGUUGCUAGUCGAGCCCGCGUCUCCCGUCGAUCGGCAAGUUCCCAAGGCGAUUGGGGCCCGCCGCCGCCUCAUCAGCAUGCGGAUGACACGAGUCUUGCGGAGCCUGCCCCCGGGAGGGCGAUGAGCGCCAAUGUGCCGACAGGCUGCUGGACAUGCACGGAUAUACUAGUAAUCGUUGGAGCAAGUGCCUGCUCCACCACAUCGGAUCCAGAUUUUCAGGGCUCAAAGAGUCAACAACACAACACCCACUACUAACCUGACCAUUUCUUCGGUGAUUGCCUGUCUCCGAGCUCUUUCAUCCGCUCUUACCUUUUCUUCCUGUCCAAAGAAGAUGGCUGAAUCCUUUGUUCUCAACACUGGCGCAAGAAUUCCGUCGGUUGGCCUUGGCACAUGGCAAAUAGAGCAUGAAGCUGUCUGCAGCGCCAUCUAUGCUGCUGUCAAGGCUGGGUAUCGGCAUAUUAAUACCGCUGUAGCAUACCGCAAUCAGAAGGAGGUUGGAGUUGCUUUGAAGAAAUUAUUUGAGGAUGGCGUGGUUAAGCGUGAAGAUUUGUUUAUCACCUCUAAGCUAUGGCCUGGUAACCAUGCACCUGAAGAUGUGCAGGAGGAUAUUUGCUCUGCCCUUGAAGAUUUGCAGCUUAACUACGUAGAUCUGUACCUUAUCCAUGGUCCAAUCCGUAUAAAAAAAGGAAGUAUGUUUAUCCCGGACAAUCUUAUCCGUACUGAUAUCCCUGCUACAUGGGGAGCGAUGGAGAAGUUAUAUGACUCAGGCAAAGCUCGUGCGAUAGGUGUGAGUAACUUUUCUUGUAAGAAGGUGGAGGAUUUGCUUGCUGUUGCACGAGUGCCUCCAGCAGUCAACGAAGUUGAGUGCCAUCCAGUUUGGCAGCAAGCCAAGCUCCGUAAGCUAUGCCAGUCAACGGGCAUCCAUCUUUCUGCAUAUUCACCCUUGGGUUCACCUGGAUCACCUGGAUACUGUGGGCCAAGCGUCCUUAGCAACCCCGUUGUCAUCUCUGUUGCUGAGAAGUUGCAGAAAACGCCUGCCCAGAUUGCUCUACGCUGGGGGCUUCAAAUGGGCCAGAGUGUACUUCCCAAGAGUGCCGACGAAACAAGGAUCAAGGAGAACUUUGACAUAUUUGAUUGGUCUAUUCCUGAAGAUUUGAUGGCAAAGUUCUCUGGAAUCAAGCAGGUUAGGCUGCUGAAAGUCGAAUUCGUAAUCCACCCACAGAGCGGUUACAAUUCCUUGGAGGAUCUUUGGGAUGGUGAAGUGGAGGAGGAUGAUGGAAGAGCUGAGUGUGAGGACCAUUCUGAUUUCUUGAAAUGCUUUUCUUGAGCAGUUGAAACUUGAGAAUGCUCGGCUUCGUAUGGGGAAAUCCUGAGAAUAAUGGCCCCUCUAUUGCUGUUCUUUUGUAAUCUUUGUGCUCCGAGACUAUAAACAUAUGGCUGUGCUCCGACUUCCUUGUGAAUAUAGUUUGAGUUCAUUGUAGCACUACAAUGUGUUAUAGUGGAAGACUAUUUGUAAAUAAUUUGUCACAUUGAGACCGAAAGGUGAUUGUUUAUGAAGAUUUCUCUGUACAGCUGAUUCA